AUGGAUUUCAAUUUCAAGAAAAUUGCUUCAGAUGCCAGUGGAUUUUUUAGUCGUGCGAAACAGCUAACAGAAGAAACAUUUCUGAAGGCCGAAAAAACCGAACUGGAUGCUCACUUCGAGAAUCUCCUGCAAAGAGCAGAUAAAACCGAAGAGCACACCAAACGACUGCUGUCAUGUCUCGAAAGUUAUCUGCAGCCCAAUCCUACAAUACGUAUGGAGGAAGUAUUUUAUGAAAAACUGGAACUGAGGAAAGAGGGUGAGCGUAUGAACAAUUUGGAGCAUCUUGGUCAGGCGAUGACAGACGCAGGAAAUGAAUUCGGGUCUGGAACUCCUUAUGGGAACGCUCUCUUGAAAGUGGCACAGGCUGAAUUUAAACUCGGCGCAGGUGAACGUGAUCUCAUCAACAAUUGUGCUAGUAAUACACUUUUACCGAUACGUCGAUUCCUUGAGGGAGACAUGAAAACGAUUCAGCGUGAACGUAAAGUGCUUUCUACGAAACGAUUGGACCUGGACGCUGCAAAAAGCCGUUUGAGGAAGGCGAAAUCACUUGAGGCGCAGAGUAAUGCAGAAGCAGAUUUGCGUGUAGCACAGGCCGAGUUCGAUAAGCAGGCUGAAAUAACGAAGUUAUUGCUCGAAGGCAUUCAAACUGCUCAUAAUAAUCAACUGAAGUGUUUACGUGAUUUUGUUGAAGCGCAGAUGUCUUUUUAUGCACAAGCGCAUAAACAUAUGGCCGACCUACAAAGGGAACUGUCUGGCAUAGUGUCGUUUCGUGGAUCAUCGAUUAGACUACUGCAAGAUGACAGUGAUCACUCGAAGCGUCCGUUGACUGCAAUCGCUGAGAAUAGAACGCAGCAUGACACAAACCACAAUGAUAUCAACCAACAAGUCUAUGCAGUUGAUGACAUGGCUACAAAGCAAGCAAGGCUUAUUUUCGACUACGAUGCGCAAACACCUCAGGAGGUAUCUGCCGCCAGGAACGAGAUUGUAAUUGUUUAUCGACUUCCCGGAAUGGAUUCUGACUGGGUUAUGGCUGAGAAAAGCGGUAAACGAGGACGAAUCCCACUGUCUUAUUUGGAAAUUAUUUAG